AUGGCAGGGAUUCCAUGGUUCCCGCUUAUCCUAUCCAUCGCCGUUGCCAUAGCCUUCGCCUCGGAUAGCGGCACCAGCAGCUCUGCCUCCGCCUCGACUGGUCCGCUUCGGGACGAUGGCUGCGAGGGCGGCGGCGGGGAAGUCCGUGCCAGGCGUCCGAGGAAAUAUGUCGCCUCCUUGGGGAGCAAAGGCCAACCUGAAUGUCUGCCGAUCAUAACUGAUCCAAAACCCGGAGUUGAUCAACAGAAGGAAUCGAUCGGCGAUGGCACCGUUGAUGUCGAUGUGGAACUCUACGAGCCGGUCGACGAUAGUGAUAGUGACAUCGACAUGGUAUUUGCACUUCUAAUUUGUGCUGUUGCUCAGAAAGGGAUGGGUUUUGGGCAUCUUUGUCAUUGCUCUGGCUUACUGUAA